AUGUACUCCAUUACUCUACAAAGACUGACGACCCCAUGGACCAGCAGAACACCGAGAGGCCAGGACCAGCAGAACAGCAAGAGGCCAGGACCAGCAGAACACAGAGAGGCCAGGACCAGCAGAACUCCGAGAGGCCAGGACAAGCAGAACACCGAGAGUCCAGAACCAGCAGAAUACAGAGAGGCCAGGACCAGCAGAACACCGAGAGCCCAGGACCAGCAGAACACCGAGAGUCCAGAACCAGCAGAAUACAGAGAGGCCAGGACCAGCAGAACACAGAGAGGCCAGGACCAGCAGAACACCGAGAGGCCAGGACCAGCAGAACACCGAGAGGCCAGGACGGGCAGAACACAGAGAGGCCAGGACCAGCAGAACACAGAGAGGCCAGGACCAGCAGAACACCGAGAGGCCAGGACCAGCAGAACACAGAGAGGCCAGGACCAGCAGAACACCGAGAGGCCAGGACCAGCAGAACACAGAGAGGCCAGGACCAGCAGAACACAGAGAGGCCAGGACCAGCAGAACACCGAGAGGCCAGGACCAGCAGAACACCGAGAGCCCAGGACCAGCAGAACACAGAGAGGCCAGGACCAGCAGAACACCGAGAGGCCAGGACCAGCAGAACACCGAGAGCCCAGGACCAGCAGAACACAGAGAGCCCAGGACCAGCAGAACACAGAGAGACCAGGACCAGCAGAACACCGAGAGCCCAGGAUUUGGACCUGUCUCUGA